ACGAGUUGUCGAGCAGGGGCCCGUCGGUUCCCCCACCGCGUUUGAAACGAUGAAUGGGAGCGAGGAGGAGGCUGAGGAAGAAACCUGGAAAACUUCAAACUUUAGUCAGAAGUGUUCAUAAGAGACUGAAGGACGAGUUGUGCUGUUGAGCAGUGAAACCUGGCCUCCUCAACCCACUUCACACAGACCCACAUAAGAUAUUUGCAACAUGGAAGUUGAGGAGCUCCAGGGUGAAUUCCAGCCGGCUCCUUUGGGUGCCCCUGAAGUGGAGGCUGUGGAGGCUCUGAUGUCCAUGACUAAGCACUGGAAGACCAGGGGCUUCAGGCUCAGACACGUCAGGCCCUUAACUCCGUCCUCAGACUGCUCAGAGGACGACUCAGUCCCCUUUGGGUCUGCAGUGUUACGGGACUCUCCAUCGUGCAUGACACCGCCAUACAGUCCACCCAACUUUGAGGCCACCCAUUCCCCCCCAGUGGCAACAUCACAUCCACCUGCAGCAGCUAGAUGUCCUAGCCGGCAGCCAACUGAAGAGACUGACCUGCACAGACCCACGGCCCGGUUCAGGUGCACCAGUGUGAUCCGUCACACUUCAGAUGAUGUCAUUCAUCGCGUCUCCAGGGAGGACAGACUCACCCGAACUCAUACAAAACGCUUUAAAACAUAUUUGAGUUCUGAAUGUGGGUUGAACAGUACUGUUAUACAGCCUGACUCUAACGCAGCUGUGCCACAGAAAUCUUGUAAUGUGACUUUGCCAUAUGUGGCCGAAGACAGACAGACCCAGCCUAGUCUGUUAGGCCUGGACGAUAAAUCAAUCACAUCUCAGGCUGUCUCUGGGGUCUCUCCUGUUCCUGUCUACAGCCAGAUCCUUCCCGUCUCUUCUCCUUCCUCCACCGUCACAGCCCCUGACGGUCAACAGCAACACCUAAUCCCAUCAGCAACCACCACCGCACUACAACAGCAAGCACAAGCUUCUCCCACCCAUGUCUUCCUCCUGGGGGGCCAGGUGGCAAAAGGCCCUGUGAUGCUCUUCGUUCCCCAGCCAGGUGUCCCCACACUCUACCUCCAGCCAGCACUGGUGACCCCCGUCGGCUCAAAGUUGCCAGCCAUCGCCCCCGCGCCAGGUCGCCCCUCUUUGGAGCAAACACAAAUCCUGCCGCAGCCAGAAGUGUCCCGUGCACGAAGUCAUGUUUGUCCCCGCGAGGACUGCAGCAAGACCUACUUCAAGAGCUCCCACCUCAAGGCCCACAUGAGGACACACACGGGUGAGAAGCCCUUCAAGUGCAAGUGGGAGGGCUGCGAGAGGCGGUUCGCUCGCUCCGAUGAGCUGUCCCGCCACCGGCGCACCCACACAGGGGAGAAAAGGUUUGCCUGUCCCACGUGCCUCAGCCGCUUCAUGCGAAGCGACCACCUCGCCAAGCACGCCCGGCGGCACCUGGCGGAGAGGAGGGCGCCCUACUGGACGUUAAAGGUCGCCCAAUCCGCUGACCUCACUGCUUCCACGAGUCGGUCCUCUCUCUGAGACUUCCUGAUGAGACACCGGAGUGAAGAUUGUGACAUUUGAAUCCUGUGGCUUUGAGUCUCGCAGAGCAGCAUGUGCCGUUUUUUUUUUUUUUUCCACUGUCACCAGUCCGUUCAUAACAGUUCCUGUAAUGAUUAUAGUUGAGUAACGAAGGUGAAGAGACUGUUUACACUUGACAAACUACUGCGUCCCUCAAAACUGGGCAUUUACACAAAAAAUAUUAACUGUACACUGUUCUGAGUCGAUUUACAAAUGAACGCCUAACAUGUUUACUUGUCAGUAAUAUUUGACCAAAGAAUGUUUAAUAUUGUUCUUUAGUGCCAUACGAGAAUCUAUUUCUUAUUAAAAAAAAUAAUUGCACAACCCUUAUUUCUUGCAGGGACAGUAUAAUUCUUUAUUAAAAAAAAAUUGAACACAUAUUUUCUCAUUUA